AUGGCACGGCUGCAAUUGUUUCUGGGCCAUGUGUCGAGCCUGUUGCUGCUCUUGGCGGCCGUCUCGCACGCGCUGAGGUUCGACAUCGCCGCAGUACCCCAGCACACGACCCACGGCCGCCGAUGCAUACGCAACUUUGUGAGCAAGGACACGCUGGUCGUCGUGACGGCCACUGUCGACGGCUUCCAGGGCGAUGGCAUGCAGGUCAACAUGCACAUCACGGACGCAUCGGGCAACGAGUACGGAAAGCCCAAGGACAUCGCCGGCGAGAAGCGCGUCGUCUUCACAUCCCUCGCCGACGCUGCGUUUGACGUGUGCUUCGACAACUAUCUGACUGGUUCGAAAUACGUCGAGAACCCGUCGCGCCACAUUGAGCUGGACAUCGACAUUGGCGCCGAUGCCAAGGACUGGUCGGCCAUCCAGGCCCAGGAGAAGCUGAAGCCCGUCGAGACGGAGCUGCGCCGCAUCGAGGAGCUGGUGGCCGAGAUUGUCGGCGAGAUGGACUACCUACGCAUCCGCGAGCAGAAGCUGCGCGACACCAACGAGAGCACCAACACGCGCGUCAAGUGGUUUGGCUUCGGUACCACCUUCCUGCUCAUCGGGCUCUGGGCGUGGCAGAUCAUGUACUUGAGGGCGUACUUCAGAUCGAAGCAUCUCAUCUAA